AUGAAUUUAGAUAAAUUUAUUGAAUAUGAUCAACAACAAAUAGAAUUUAUUGAUAAAUUAAAAGAUAUUCAUAAUAUAUUAAAUAAAGAAUCUAAUAAAAUUCAAAAAUAUUUAUUAAACAUUACAACUGCUCGUUAUCAUUCUAAUCAUCCAAAUUUUCCAUUAAAUUCUAAAUUAAAAUAUUUUCCAGUUGAUAAUUUAGGAAAUUUAAUAGAACAACCUUUAUAUCUUGUUAAUGAACAAAAUAUGUCUAUUUCAGACGAACUUAAUCUUAUUUGA